GAACCGGCAAUUCUUCAGUUGGAUUUCAGAACAUCGAACGGGCGGGCGUGUGUAGGAUGGAGCGCUAACGAUACCAGUAAUUUUUCAUUCCGCCUUCUAACAGUGUUUGUUUAUACCUUCCGGCACGUUUUUCGUAAAUCCUUCUCGACCGUGGUGCUUAUCAACUUUUUAGUUUCGGCGUUUAUUUUUCCAUUAUCUUCAACAAAGCGCCGUUCCGAUUUCUCGUCGAGAAGGUGGCCGCACAAGUUUGAAAGCGGCUUUUCAAGAGUAGUACCACCUACUCGAUAAUUUUGUUAUCGUUGUAUAUUCAGGAAAAUAUUAAUAUCAAAAUGGUGAAAAAGAUCUCAGAAGAAAGUGUAGAUAGCGGUGUGGGUCGCGGCAGCAGUCAGUCAGGUAGCGAGCGCGAAACGGAGGAGGUGACAAGGGGCCCGGAGGCGUCAGCGCCGGUGCCGAUCCCCGACAGCGAGGAGCUGCAGCGCCGCAAAGAGGAGGCGCGCAGGAAACGCCGCAGGAAGAAGCGCUCCGGCAGCUCUGUGGUCACAUCGUGUUUCCAAGACUUGUACAAGUUAACGGGCGAGGUGCUGGGCGAGGGCGCGUACGCCUCUGUGCAGACUUGCGUUAACAUCUACACGGGCCAGGAGUUCGCCGUCAAGAUCAUCGACAAAGUGCCGGGGCACGCCCGCGCCCGGGUCUUCCGCGAGGUGGAGACCUUCCAUUACUGUCAGGGCCAUCCGAAUAUAAUCCAGCUCAUUGAAUUCUUUGAAGACACCGACAAGUUCUAUCUUGUCUUUGAAAAGAUCAACGGUGGCCAGCUCCUAUCGCGUAUACAGGAGCACCAAUACUUCUCGGAGCCGCAAGCGGCGGAGAUAGUGCGCGAGAUAGCGAACGCGCUGCACUUCCUCCACGGCAAGGGCGUGGCCCACAGAGAUCUGAAGCCCGAGAACAUACUGUGCGUGUAUCGCGACCGGCUCUGCCCGGUCAAGAUAUGCGACUUCGAUCUGGGCAGCGGUAUCAGCUUCACGUCGAGCCUCGCCAGCCCGUUGGCCACGCCUCAAUUGAUGACACCGGUCGGCAGCGCGGAGUUCAUGGCGCCGGAGGUGGUGUCGCUGUUCGCGGGCUCGGCGGCGACGCACUACGACAAGCGCUGCGACCUGUGGUCGCUCGGCGUCAUCGCCUACAUCCUGCUGUGCGGCUACCCGCCCUUCCGCGCCAACUGCGGCGCCGACUGCGGCUGGGAGCGCGGCGAGAACUGCCGCGCCUGCCAGGACCUGCUCUUCACUUCCAUACAGGAGGGCAGAUACACAUUCCCGGACGAGGAGUGGGCGGGCAUAUCGCACGAGGCGAAGGAUCUGAUCCGGCAGCUGCUGGUGCGCGAGGCGUCGCACCGGCUGAGCGCCGAGCGCGUGCUGCAGCACGGCUGGCUGCGCGCCGCGCGCACCGCGCCCGCCCGCCCGCUGCAGACGCCGCUCAACAUCAAGCGGAACAUGUCGGCGCGCAACCUGUCGAACUUCGCGGAGUCGGCGAUGGCGGUGAACCGGGUGAUCCAGCAGCACUUCUCGAUGAACUACUCGUACAUGGAGCGGCCGCCGCUGCGCUGCACCAAGUCGUGCCAGCCCGACCGCCUCAUCGAGGAGAUGGAGCGGGCAGGUGUGGCCCUGCAGAGUAUGGCAGUGAGCGGCGACUACUGUGCACCGCUGGGCUUGUCGCCGCCCACCGAGUCGCAGCUGCUGCGCCGCCGCCUGCAGGACAAGCCGCUGCCCGUGCACUAGCCGGAAGCCAUCUGCCGCUGGCCGCUAGCUGCUGGCCUCUAGCCGCUGGCUUUUUCUAGCCGCUGGCCGAUAGCCACCUGCUGCUGGCUGCUAGCCGCUGGCCACUUGGUGCUGGCUGCUAGCUGUUAGCCAUUUGACCGCUAGGCGCCAGCCGCCAGCUGCUCCCGCGACGCCCUAGCUUCACUGAACACACUGACAACAUACAUGUAGUAUCUGGGGAGAUGAAGACGAAAUAUUCAUUGAUAACCACAAGUGAUGUGUUAUAUGUUGAUGGCAGAUAUAAAAAAAAAAAUAUUUACUACAGUACUUCUUGAAACACAAAACUGUGUCCGGAAUUAAGCUCACGUGCCUUUAAACUUCUGACUUGUGCCUAAGCAUGGAAUGGUACUUCCACACCCUGACUUUCCAUACAAUAUAGAAUGAUUUAUCUGUGUAGACGCAGCAGGAUAGUGAAGCUAGGGUUUUAUAUAGCAAUGCGUCAACAUCGCUACGUUGUUAGAGCGAAUCUUAACUGUAGAGCAUCUACCGUCGCAAGAUAACUCACCGACUCGCCCGACAUCGGGCGGCCGUCGGGGCUCAUGUUGGCACGUAUGAAUGACAAUGAAAAACAUGAUUCCCGGUUCUCCGAGCUUGUGGUCAACACUGAGCGUCUGAUCAUCCAAAAUUCACCCUGUCAGCCGAGAGUGUGCGCAGUUUUCGGCGAAUAGUUGAAGCGAUUGCGGCGAGACGCGGCUGUGCCCGUCACAUUCCAUCGAGCACAGGUCCCAAUGUGAUAUCGAGUGACUUGCGACCCAUCGUGCAGCGAACCGACGCGAUCCAUCGUGAAUGUAAUCGACACGCGACGCGCGACGCGCCAGUCGCACGACCCGUCGCACGGUUGUGGAGUCGUAUGUAGACUGUGCCAAUGGUUAUAUCCACCAGUGAUAGAUCCGAUCGCAAUUCUACUGUGAACGGUACUUAGAACUGUAACAGUUUUAUUUGAGCCUUUUAAAGAUAUAUUUUUAUGAAUAAAUAAAAACGACUGAAUAGUUUUUAUCGAUGUAGAGUAUUUUGUGAGUUUAUGUUGAGGCGGCUCGCCGCCGAGACCGUCCCCGGUCGAUAAAAUCGUAUUAUAUUGAGAUAGUUGUGCUGAUCUACAUACUUUAUUACUGCUACAGAUAAAUAUUUUUUUUUUUUGGAUUUAUGAAAUCCGUUAUGAAAUUGAGCUUGUGUGAUUGCCUUUUGUUCGUGGCCUAUCCAGCAAUAAAAUUAAAUUUUUGUUAACUACGAUAGCGUUUUCGGAUACUAGUCUGUAUAUGUGAUUGUUUUUGCAUUUUUACCAACAAUGGAAAAACCACAUCUCAUUAAGUAAGAUUCAAUCAAGCUAAGUUUUUUAUAUGAGAGUUAAGGACAAUAAGUGACAUUGACGCCUUCGUCAAAUAUUGAAUGUCGUGUUUUGGUGCAAUACUACAUUGCUUUAUACAUUAGAAUAUUAGUCCUUGUGCGUACUAACACUCGAAUAUGUAAAGGAAUGUAUGUCGAUCAAAUUGAGGUGUUAUAUUUGGCGGAGUUUACAGAAGUUCAGAGUGUAAUUGUGUAAAGAUCUUGUGACGUGUUUUGUUUGCUUUGGGCACUGAAGGGCUGUAGAAAUGUCAUAUGUUAUUGACUUAUACUGUGUUGGUUAAGUGUUGCAUGGGGUUCCAUGGGACUGCCAUAAUAUUGUGAUCAGUUUGAAUACUUUUAUAUUGCUGAAAGAAUGAAAUGU